AUGGAUAUUUUGAAAUCCUAUAACUGCAACACACAAAUAACAGAACUGGAAUCAAUCGCAAUUCAAACACUAAGCUUUAUCCAUGACAACAUAAAGCAAAAAUAUCUUAAUUUUUGGAAACACAAACUCGAAAACUCCUCCAAACUAAAGUUUUACAACACGUUCAAAACAGAAUACCAACUAGAGAAAUAUCUUUCAACAAUAAAAAAUUCAACCGAAAGGAAAGCACUCACAAAAUUUCGAGUGAGCAACCACAAAUUAAUGAUUGAGUUAGGUCGCUAUCAAAAAAUACCAAGGGAAGAACGACUGUGUGAAAUCUGCCAGUCAGGGGAAGUGGAAGAUGAAUACCAUUUUGCAAAUUGGUGUAAAGCCUACAGCAACCAAAGAGAGAAUUUUUACACCACUCUCAGAAACAAGCUAACCAUUAUCAUAGAUCAGGCACAAUUAGUAGAUAUAAUGAAAUCUACAGAGCACGAGACUAUUUUAUCUCUGUCGAAAUAUAUUUCUUCCUGUUUUACGGAAAGAAAUAGAUACCUUGAAAUUGGGAUUGCUGUCAGUUAA